AUGGAGUCGCCGCGGUCGAUACAACGGCCCUUCGACCACUCGAAGCCUUUCGAUGGUCUCGUGCUCUGCUGUACUAGCAUCGACGUAGACCUGCGUACGGAAAUUGCCCAGCGGACCACCGACCUGGGCGGCAGCCACAAGUACGAUCUCACUUCCGACGUCACGCACCUGAUCGUCGGAGAAUACGACACCGCCAAGUACCGCCAUGUCGCGAGGGAGCGGCCCGACAUCAAACCCAUGGCCGCCGGCUGGGUGAACGCCGUGCGCCAACAAUGGCUCGAAGAUAAGGAGUUCGACUUCGUCGCGUUGGAGGAUACCUGGAGGUUGAAGCCCUUCGAGACCGGAGGUGGCGUUCCGGACAGCCCCGUCGAGGUGCGGAGGGAGAGGACCAGGCUGGUAUGCUGCUUGACCGGCUUCAAGGACGCCCACGUCCGUAACAUGAUCGAAGAGAAAGUGGUAGCGAACGGCGGCGAGUACGUCUGCGAUCUGUCGAAACGCGUUACCCAUCUCAUCGUCUGCGAACCUCACGGGAAGAAGUACCUGGCCGCCCGAAAGUGGGGGAUAAGAACCGUCUCUAUCGAGUGGCUACACGACAGCGCCGAGCGGGGGAUGAUCCUCAACGAGGAUUGCUACGACCCGACCUUACCCGAAGGGGAACGGGGAAAAGGGGCGUGGACACGAAGAGAUCCCUCGAGCGCCUCGUUAGGCAAGCGACCUCGGGACGGGAUGGCCCCCUUACCCGCCGAGGAGAGCAGGAGAAAGCUGAGGAAGACUGCGAGCAUGAAACUCAUGAGCCAGAAAGACAAUGUGUGGAGCGACAUUCUUGUUAAGCAGUCGGCGACCGACCUAUCAUCUCUAGCACCGGCCCCUGACGAGCCCCCUACGAGUAUACCCAGCAUCCCUACGGCCGACCCGCCUGUGUCUGUGGUCGACGGACCCCAUCCCCCGGAGUCGGGAUCGGGUAGCCGGCUCCAGCCUGUCGGCGGGGGCGUUUUCUCCUCGUGUCGCUUCUACGUCCACGGCUUCUCUCAGAAUCGGAGGGAAGUUGUCAACCAACACAUAUCGUCUCACGGCGGGCACGUCUCGUCGUCUAUCGAGGAUGCCGCCUCUCCCGCUCGCGAUGAGCCGCCGGGUCCACGCUACCUAGUCGUUCCGCAGUCAUCCCAGCCCAGUUCCCACCCCAAGCUCCCGGAAGGAAUGCACAUCGUCACCGAGUUUUACAUCGAGCGCUGCGUCCAUAACAAGACCCUCUUCAACCCCACCGAGCAUGUACUUGGGCAACCCUUUCCACAGUUCCCCAUCGAUGGAUUCGGCAAAUUAACGAUAUGCACGACUGGAUUCAGGAAUGAGCAACUGAACCAGGUGGAGAAAGCUCUUGUCCAGCUCGGCGCCAACUAUUCGGAGCGUCUCAAUCCCCAGUGCUCGUUGCUGCUAUGCCCCUCUCUCAAUCUUGUCCGAAAACAGAAACUCGACUUUGCCGUGGUAUCCAGAAUCCCGGUCGUCGAUGUGGAAUGGCUCUGGCAAUGUAUCGCAACAGGCUGUCUCGUGCCGCGGGACAAGUUCCUACUCGCGAGAUCCCUUUACAAGGCAGCCGAAAGGCCCGACGCUCCCGCGGCCAAGGAGAAUGACCAGGCGACAAGGCCCAGGUUAGAGCCUAUGCGGAAGGAAUUCCCUCGGUCGAAUCCUCGUCCACCCGCGGCGAAAUCCGGCAUCGACAUGACCGCAUUUGAGGACGAUACACUCACACCCCAGCAGGCCGACGGGCGCCAACGGGUGACCGAGGAGGAAUCCUACUACGAGACCGCACCUACCCACCAACCAGAAGGCAUGGACAUCGACCCCGAUCUAGUCUCGGCACCGCUCUCGGGCACGGGCUCGAGCGUAGCGAACAAGUCGCAAUCGCAGCCAAAGGCCGCUCCCGUGCCGCGAAAAAUAAAACGCUUCCCGACGGGAGGCGAGAUCGGGGACUCGCAAAGCGACCAGGAUUCCGGGACGCCUCUCGAGCCGGCAGGAAAGGACGACGACAUCGCCGAGGACGCGGACGAGCGGCAGAAGCAACGGGAGGGGAAGAGCAGGGUGGCGGCGGCAGAACGCGAAGAGAUGGCGAAGCGCCUGGACUCUCUGGUGGGCGUCGUCGGGACAGCGCCGGGCUCCUACGACGCGAGCAAGCCGGCGUCCGCGCCGGCGCCCCGGCAGCGGCGCAAGCGCGAGAUCCUCGGCCGCGCCGCGAGCAACGUGUCCGCGGCGUCGAGCGCGAGCGCGGACUCGGCGCCGCCCGCGGCCGGCGGUCCGCGACUCGCGUCUGCGCGGAAGGGGUCGCCGGCGGCGGCUCGCCCGGACGCGGCGCCGAGCGCGGCGGCCGGCGCGUUCGGGCUCCUGGACAAGAUGAUGAUGAUGGAGGAGGCGGCCGGGGACGACGCGGCCGCGAACGGCGCGAGCAGCCCGCCCCGCGCCACGCAGCUCCAGUACGACAACCCCGAGGCCCGCAGGCACCGCGCCACGGUCCUGAGCCGCAUGCUGGGCGGCGACGGGCGCGACGAGCUGGGUACUAACGGCGGCAGACCAGGCCAGAAGAAGGCCGGCAGGGCGGCGCCCAAGGAAGCCGGCGCCACGCUGGGCAUGGUCGCGGCUGAGUCUGCGGGCAAGAGGGUGAUGAGGCGGCGGUGA